AUGUCCAAAAUAUCUAUUCUUAAGGUUGAGAACCCCUCCUGUCUCUGGGGUCGGGCCGUUGGGAGUCGGGGAACUAAAUCAGAGACGACAGAGGAGUACGACAGUAUGUUGUCUCAGAUUAACCUCUUCUACCACGGCGUUACCAAGGACCUGUGCAAAAUGAAGCCCACGUCAAUAGAGGAGGGACAGGUGUGUGUGGUGUACUGGUCAGUGAUGAAGUUGUGGUGUCGGGCCGUGGUGGAAUCAAUUAUUAUGGAUUCUGUAUCCUGUAAAGCUCGCUGCCUGCUGGUCGACCACGGCGAACGUCUCGUCGUUGCUUCAGACCAGAUUCGAGUUGCUGUACAGAACUUCCUCCAGCUGCCGUUUUGGGUGAAGAGGUUCCACCUGGCACGAAUCCAACCAACAACCCUGCGAGUGUGUGUUUACCAGGAGAAUGCAGAGCUUAUUUCGACCGCUCUUUGGGACAGCUCAGCUACGCUUUACCUACACAACUUGCUACAAGCGUCAACUUGGACAGAGGCUGUGUUGCUUGAAUCUGACUCAGACUCCACCUCCAUCGAGCUCUACCUAACUAUUGGAAACAUCAAGAUCUGUGUGAAUGAUGACCUUGUGGCCAAGAGGUUUGCAUAUUACACUAGAGAGUCUGCGGAAAGCAGUGAGUUGGAUGAGGUGGAUCGAUUUCCCAACAUGUUGUCCUCCGGCAUCUUAAACCAGAGUGCCUCCACAACCUCACGCAAGCCGACAGCAGUAACACAACCACCUGCUGGGUUUUUGGGCAGUGAUAGACAUCAGGGUAGAGCAUGUGAUUGGCUGACAGCUCCCUGUUCGCCUCAGAGCCAACAGCAUGAGCUGAGGACCUCUAAUGGAGACUGUAGGCCAAACAUCACAGAAGAACAACUGUCUACUGGCAGCCAAUCACGGAGCAGCUCUCAGACUGCUGCUUCAGAGAGUUACCUGCUUCUUUGUUGUUUCCGUGACUUGUCAGAGGACACUGACUCCUCUCUGGCUGCAGCUCUGAGAAGAAACCUCAGUUUGUUUAAGUUCCUGAAGUUUCUGAAUCCUGGCAGCAGCUAUCAGCAGGCGACUCACCGUGUGGGUGAGCUUGAAGAGCUGAAUGACUGUCUACCCAAAGAGCUGACUUCGGCCUCCAGCCCCUGCACAGGACAGGAAGACUGCAAAGGUAGUUCGGUAGAGUCAGGACCGGCAGAGACUGAGAAGAGGAGGAGCAGUGAAUUGGCCGGCACUUGUUCACGGCUUUUGGAGUGGUUGAACCCGGAGCCUCUGAGCCUUGAUCCAGAAGCUGCAGAUGAUGCUGUUGCUGCCAGUGAGUCCAGGUCAAAUGGGGUUCUGGUGCACUCUGCAAUCCCAGUUCAGCCCUGCACCAGUUUGGAUGAUGCCCCCAUCACUGAAACUCUCCGCUUGGUGCUUCAGAGGAAGAAGUACAGCACUCUGUCUCCAGCUGACUGUUACAGCUGGCCAGCUGUGUCUCGAGGAUGCAACACCAUCAUCGUGUCCCAAGUUGCUGACCAGCCGCUCAGCUACCUAGCACCACUCCUCACCCACAUCCUACUCAACUCCAUCUUCAGUUCCCUCACCUCCAGCACAGGGCCCAUUGCAGUGCUGCUGUGUCCAGGCUGGGAGAAAGUCCAGCAGGUGUAUGACCUGCUGGAGGAUUUCAAGAUCAGCCAGGUGCUCCAUCCCAUCGUCCUGCUGCUGGGUGUUGGGAAGGACGAGGCCAAGACUAUCAGGAUCCCGAAGAACUGCCUGCUGUUAGUGACCACACCCUUUAGUUUUGUCCGUCUGCUGUCUUGUCACUGCUUCAUGUUCCUGCGACUUCAUCACCUGCUGUUGGAUGAGGCCGACCAGCUCUUCACUUUCGCUCCGGAUGAGAUGGAGAUCAUUUUGCAGCAUUUCCAGAAGGUGACCUCCAGCGAGGAGAAGGCCUCCAGUCCUCAGCAGCUUGUUGCCGUGGCGAAAAGAUGGACCAGUCAAAUGGAUGGAUUGUUAACCAAUCACAUGCCAUACCCCUGCAUUGUUAUGACUGUCCCUGAGGAAGCUGCUCUCUAUGGUAACGUUCAGCAGUUCAUCCUCAUGACUCUAGAGAGCAGUAAGAUCUCAGAACUGUUGGGGAUGUUGGAUUUCAGCCCAGAUGUUGGACAGAAGACUCUGAUCAUAGCCAACUGCGCUCAGGAAGUUGAAGAUGUUUUCAAGGCCGUGAGUCACAAAUCUGCUUUCUGCCUCAAGACUCACGAAGGAUUGCCAUACCAGUUCGACUUUGUCAUCCAGCAGUGGAGGAAAACCAUCGGGCCUGGAACUCAUGUUAUUCUGGUGACCACCAACGAAUGUCUGAAGUGUUUUGGAAUCAGAGAUGCAUCUUGCGUCAUCCACUACGGUUUCCCCACUUCUCCCAAAGUGUUUGGCAGUCGACUCUUCAGCAUGUCUGAAAACUUCAGAAACCUCUCGGAACGGGAUCAAACAGCGAGCGUCCCUCCUGUCACCAGGUCAGUGCUGUUGAUCUCAGAGAGGGACGCUCCUCAUGUUGUGGGGGUUGUGCGUUACCUGGGACGAACUAACGCCUUGCUGCCCCCUGAGCUACUGUCUUUCGGCCAGGGCAUCCAUAUGGCAAGGGAGGACCUAAAGACCAACAGGCCUCUCUGCAGCUACCUGAAGAGCCUUGGAGUCUGCAGAGACAGUAGAACAUGUCCCGACCGUCACAAGUUAAUUUCCCAGCUGGACCAGUCCGACCUUCCUGCAUCUGGUGUCAUAGAAGUUUUACCUCUCUAUAUCAAGACGGCAUCAGUCUUCUAUGGUCGCAUCAUCAGGAAAGAUGAGACUGGUUUUGAUGGCUUAGCAUCUGAGAUGGCUUCUUACUAUGCUGAUAAGAAACCAGGAGCCGGCACAGAGUUGUCGGAAGGAGGCCUAUACGCUGUGCAGGAGGACAACACCUUCCACAGGGUGAAGAUCCUCUCCGUUCCCGACAGAGGUGACCGCUUGUUUUUCACGGUCUUCGUGCGGUUUAUUGACAAUGGAAAGGAAGAGGAGGUGAAAUCCCAUCAGAUCCUUCAGCUGCCGGAGCAGUUUCACUCUCUGUCCUGCCAGGCUGUGGAGAUCAUUGUCUGCCGCGUCAAACCAGUUGAUGCCGAGAUCGACUGGCACCCAAAGGUCACCAGAGCCAUCAGUCAGAAGAUCCGAGGUCUGCAGCACCGCACCAGAGCAGUUCUCAGUCUCGGAAACACUGUCUUUGUUGAUCCCAUGGUCCGGAUGAGCCAGGUGCCCGGAAUGAAAACUGUCAUCAACGAAUAUAGUGUCCAGUCUGAGAUUCUGAAUACUGGAAUGGGAGUCGGCAACCCGGAGCAUCUAAAACUGCUGAGGGCACUGUGCCAGGAGGGGGAAGACAGCAGCCGCAAAGAGGCAGGCCCCAACUAUGGAUUGAAGGACAACUCGGUGUCUCUUGAAUUCAGGAUCAAAGCUGAGGAAGAAGUUCUGGCUGAAGUCUUCAGAGCAGCCAAGGCCAGGAAGCUCUCUGACCCUCCUCCACUCGAGCCAUGUGUGCCAUUAAGUCCAGUAUCUCCAAUGAACCACACCCCAGUCCCAGCACCACCAGCUUGUCAACUCCGCCUGUUCCCAGUGUUUGAGCAGGAAGCUCUUUCAGAAAUUCAGGCUGCAGAUGAACAGAGAUACAAUCGCACUCCUGAUCUAAAGUCAGCUAAACAGAUGAUGAGGAACAGAGAUGGAGGUGAACUUUGUCCCAUGACCAACCUGGCUGGUUGUCUCAACUCCUUCGAUAGUGGUAUUCCUGCAGGUGGCAAUGAAAGUCAAAGCCAGCAGGUCACCGUCAGCACUAAUGAAAAAAACUACGAUGAAAAAAGUUUCCAUCCUCAGAUCCGCUGGUACCAGACGUCCGACGCUGUGAUUGUAACAGUGAAGUUGAUGAACCCAGAGAGUCAGCGCUGUGACUUCUACCUUGACAGGGUCAUCUACAGUGGCAGAGUGAACAGUCAGUCCUACAGAGCUGACCUGGAGCUUCAGGGCAACAUUGCUGUGGACCGCUGCUGCUGGGAAAUGAAGUCCAAUGAGCCAGUCCUCAAACUGUUCAAACAACAGCAGGGGCACUGGGAAAAACUGCUCAGGAACAAGAAUAUUUUUGUGAGUUAUGAUGUGGAGCAUUUUGAGAAGAAUGAAGACAAAGCACCAAAUGGUCUGUGGUUUGUGGCGAACACAGGAAAGGAUAACUUGUAUGUGAACUCAGAGAGUGGCAGUGAGAGUGACUGA